AGAGAAGAAGAAACAGUUUCAAAGUUUAAACCAGAGAAGAAGAACCCCCCCCUUCCUUCCUCCCCUUUAACUCAGACCAGAUGCUUCUUCUUCGUCUCCGCUUGUUUUGAACUUCUCACCAGACUUCAUGUGAUUUCCGUCUCAUUUUAGCUCCGCUGAGUUUUAACGGGAGUCGCUGCAGUUUCAGUUAACGGGACUUUUCCGGAGACCGGUCCCGGUGGAGGCGAGAGGAGACGCGGAGGAGAAAGGAGGAGAAAGAAGGAGAAAGGAGGAGAAAGGAGGAGAAAGAAGGAGAAAGGAGGAGAAAGAAGGAGAAUAAGAGUUGAAAAGAGAAACAGAGUGGCGCAGUUUGGAGGAGGAGGAGUGAAGGAGUCAUAUGUUCAUCUCUAAUUCAUGACGAGGAUUUAAAGUUUUAUCUUUUAAGUUUUAACGAGGCUCCGGUGAAGAAUGUUCAGGUUUAAAGUUUGUUUCAGCUGCAGAGGAAAUAAAACUCGCUCCUGGUCCUAAAAGUUCCUCCGACCUGAGGAUGAGGAUGAUGAAGAUGAGGUGAAGGUCUUCCUCUCAUGCUCCGCCUCCUCCUCCGGUCUGCCGGGAUGCUGCUCCGGUCCGGGUCCUGGUCCGGAUCCCGGUCCCGGUCCCGGUCCGGACCGCUGCUGCUGCUCGGGGUGGCGGCCUGCGUCCUCUACCAGGUCCUGGUGGUGCCUCGGAACCGGCUCCGGUCCGAGGUGGGCGGCAGGAGGCCGGCGGAGGAGGUCCUGAUGGAGGCCCGGAGGUUCGUGUGCGGCCUGGAGGCUCAACAGGUCCAGGUCCUGGGUCAGAAACCCCCCCGACCCCCCCGCCGGGCCGUGGUCCUGACGGGUCGACAGUCCCUGUGGGACACUGAGGUCCAGAUCUUCCAGAGGGUCCUGCAGCAGAAGGACUACAACGUCCAGACGUCCAGAUACGCAGAGACGGGACACAUCCUGAGGACACGGGACGGUGUGGGUGGGUGGAGCCUCCUGCUGUGUCUCACCAGCUCAGAGCGGAGCUGUCUGAGGAGGAUCACCUUCUCUCACCUGCAGCGUCAUCAGAUGGUGAACCUGCUGCCUGGACUGAUGGAGGCGUUCUCUGAUGCCGGUGGAGGUCUCUGUCGCUUCCUCACUCGGUCCCAGCUGACAGGAUCCGACCUCCACAUGGAGCCUCACGCCUGUGGAUCGACCAAUCAGAAGCUUCAGAUUCUCCAGGACAGUCUAUUCGCUCGUGUCCAAGCCCCGCCGCCUGCGCUGGUUGCCAUGGUGAACGUUUACGUCCUGGUGACCUCAGUGAAUCCUCUGACCUCCUUCCUGCAUGACGUCGCCGUGGUGACGACCAAUCAGCAGCCGAGAGGGCGAACGCUGAAGCUCAGGGACUUCCUGACCUCCCAUGAUGCUUUGCACCAGGUGAAGAAGGUGAUAGGUGGAGUACUGCUCGCAGCGACCAAUCAGAAGCAGCCAACUGCCAGCAGGUGUGUGUCGUGUUUCCAGCUGUUCACCUUCACCCUGGUCUUCAGCGGCUCCAUCACACCUGUCGUCGUCCAGGUGGACACACAGUUGACCUUCUGGUCUCUGAGCGAUGACACCCUCGACAGACAGGUCACCAGAGACCAGGUCCUGGAGGACACGCUGGACUUUCUGCUGUCCCCAGAGACACACCUGUCCCCAGAGACAGGGCAGCGGCAGGAAUCCUGCCGAGCGUCUCUGUGUUUGUCACAUGAUCAUUUUCUUCUUCUGCUCCAGUUUCAGCAGCAGAUGAAGAAGCCGUCGUCCUUUCAGCUCCUCUACCCCAGCGUCUUGUCCUCGUCCUCGUCUCCUCUGGACGUCCUCCUGGUCCAGGUGGCAGAUUUCUACUCUGUGAAGACAAACAUCAGCUGCAGGACGGAGGAACCGACCAAUCAGCAUCCAGCAGCGUCCCCCUCUGAGGACGGAGGUUCCUGUGUUGACGCCCACCUCCGACAGAUCUACACCGCCCCGCCCCUCGCCCUGACUCCGCCCUUCAGCCCCCGGGUCAAGGAGUACCGCGCUGAGGUGACCUUUGACACGGUGACCGUUCGAAUCCGGCCGGAGCCGGUGAGCCCGGCCUGCAGGGUCCACCUGGACGAGCACCGAGGCCCCAGGAUGGCGAACUACCCGGUCGGCCUUGGCGACAGCAGGAUCAACAUCCUUGUGACGGACGACUCUGGUCCAGAGCCGGUUGUCAUGGCGAUCUACAGCGUCCAUGUUUACCGCGAGAGCCGGCCCAGUCUGCCCAUGUUUGGAGACCAUGUGACCUGCAGCUUCCUUCAGGACUGUGGUCUCCAGGUCCUACCGGCUCAGUCCUGUGGUCUCCAGCCUCACGUCACGUCUCAGAGUCCAGUCAAGGCCUGCAGCUCUGGACAUGUCCCAGGUUGGAUGUCUCACCUGUCUCCACCUGUCUCCCUGUCUCUCUGUCUCUCUGUCUCACCUGUCUUUCUGUCUGUCCCAGGUCGGUGGGUGGUUCCGUGUCUCAGCUGCUCUGACAACAGGACGUGUGAUUGGAGGGAGGUUGUCUGGCAACCAGAGGGCUGCUCCCAUUGGCAGGUGGAGCGUCCCCUGCUACAGGACUGUCUCCAGGACAGGAAGGUGCUGUUCAUCGGGGACUCCACUAAUCGUGGGAUGAUGUACUUCCUGAUGGAGCGGGUCAACUCCAGUCUGGAGGAUUGGGACAAAGUCCACGAGACGCUGGUCCACCGGGACCUGAACGGGGGACGGACUCUGGUCGGGUACUCGUAUUACCCCCAGUUCUGGCUGGAGCCCAUGUCCAGGCCCACCUUCAGAGAGACGCUGCUGCAGCUGUUGGACAGGUCCCGGCCUCUGGAGAACUCCAACCGGACGGUCCUGGUGGUGGGAGGGGUCCAGUGGCUGAGCACCAAUCACCUGAGGAUUCUGAGGGACGUCCUGGACAGAGAGUCUCUUGGGGACGUCUUGGUGGUGGUCAAGUCUCUGGGGAUGGGGUUCCACCUUCCUGUGGACGGGAUCCGGUCUCUGAGUCUGACGGAGGUCCAGCGUCUCCACAGGGACAACUCUGACAUCAUCGCUGCUGCUAAGCAUCAUGGGUACGAGGUGAUUGACACCUUCAGCGUCACCAUGGGGCGCUACAAGGAGUUCCUGGCUGGACGCUGCGCAUGUCACUUCCACGAGGUGAAGAGGUUCUGGUCUCCAGGUGAAACCAGGACCACACCUGGACGAACCGGCCAAUCAGCCGUGCUGGACACGGACCGGGAGGCGGGGCCUAACCUGCCAACCUAUCACGUCAGAGGACCAGUGAACCAGGUGUACUCUGAGAUCCUGCUGAGCCGCCUCUGUCCCAGAACCAGAGACUGAACACCUGAGACCAGGAUUCACCUGACCCCUCCAGGACGUGGACUUUGAUUCCUAAAAACAGCAUGAAUUCCAGUGGAAAGAGGAGACAGUUUGUCUCAGGUGGACUUUGUCUCACCCAGAACCUGGACCUGAACAAAACCAGAACCUGCCAGAAUCACUCACAUUAAAAACACCAUCUACUCCACCUGGACCUGACUGAUCUAACAGGUCCUGUUAGGACCCAGGACCUCAGAGACUCCGUAUUUUAGACCUGAUCCAGGGACGGACUCCAAGGAUUCCUGGGUCUUUAAGACCAGAUCAGAGUCCAGACCUGAGAAUUAAAGACCAAAACCUUCAUCCUGAACGGGACUCUGUCUCCUUCAAACACUAGCUGCUAACUGUAUGCUAAAGCUAAGCUAAUGUUGCACAGCACACUUUCUGAUAGAGUGAAGGAUGCUAACCAGCUAGUGAAGGAUGCUAACUAGCUAGAGAAGGCUGCUAACUGGUUAGCGGUGGAUGCUAACCAGCUAGAGAAGGCUGCUAACUGGUUAGCGGUGGAUGCUAACCAGCUAGAGAAGGCUGCUAACUGGUUAGCGUGGAUGCUAAGCCUCAGUCAGGUUUUCCUCAGUGACUGAUUGUGUUCCAGAUAUUAUCCAGAACCAAAGAUGUUAUAUUAUAUAUUAUUAUAUUAUUAGAUAUUCACGUCUUAUGUUAUUUUCUAUUUUUCUACAGAUGCUUAUUUUACCUUAAACUCUGUUUACAACUCCUGAAUAAUUAUAAGACACGAUGUUUAACGUUAAUAAAACAUCUUUAUAUCAAA